CCAGCCCACAUUUGUUUACCAAAAUUGAGUUACGGGUGUACAUGGAGUGCUGGGGCAUGUGUGUUUUGUGACUGAGUGAGAGAGAGAGAGAGGGAGAGAGAGCACAUUCAUGGAAAGUAUUGUGCAAAUGCAGUGAGGUUGAUAGUCUAAACAGUGAUCACAAAGAGAAAGAACUUAACGUGGAUCAUUUCAGCAUGACAAACAUCACUGCAGCCUCAGAAACAGGAUGUUAAUGCUUGACGGAAUGCCUGCAGUCCGAGUCAAAGCUGAGCCCCUGGAAUCGGAACAAGGGUCACCAAAAGUGCGCCCUUAUUCUGCGAUGGACGGCGUCCCUUUCUUCCUCAGCAGAGUUAAACAGGAAACUCCAGAAGACCUGCUCGCUCACAACCUGCACUUCCACACGCAGACCGAGCCUGUUGACCUGUCAAUCAACAAAUCCCGGCCCACCUCCUCAUCCACCACCCCCACCACUACAAACUUAUCGUCAUCCCCUCUCAGAUCCGCCUUCUCCCCGUCGUCUUUAUCGUCGUCAUCGUCCUCCUCCUCUUCCUCCUCUCCAUCAGUUAUCACCUCAGCCUCAUCGGUGCUCACACCAGGCCCUCUUGUUGCCCCUGGCGCCGGGGUGAGAGGUCAGCCAUAUUUGCACAUCCUGCACUCUGUGCCGCCGCCUCCAUCCAGCCCUCUGAGCCUGCAGGGAGCCGGGAAGCUGGGCAGCCAUGUUCACCGCAUUCCGGUCGUGGUACAGUCGCUGCCCCUCAUGUACACCACUGCGGUUCGAUCACCCUCAAGCCUCAACAAUGCCAUCGUGCUACCUCUGCUGGAUGAGUUCAAGAGCCAGGGCAAAGCACACACAGACCCCAAUGGCCUGUCGCCAAGGCAGAUCAAAAGUGACAGUGAUGACGACGACCUGCCAAACGUGACCUUGGACAGUGUUAAUGAGACCGGCUCCACUGCGCUGUCUAUAGCCCGCGCUGUACAAGAUUCCAUGUCCCCGUUCAGUAUUGACAGUAUACGGCGCCCCCGGAGGUCAGAGUCACCAGAUUCCAAAAAGAGAAGAAUCCACAGAUGUGACUUUGAGGGCUGCAAUAAGGUGUACACCAAAAGCUCCCAUUUAAAAGCACACAGAAGGACGCAUACAGGGGAAAAGCCAUACAAAUGCACUUGGGACGGCUGCACGUGGAAGUUUGCCCGCUCUGACGAGCUGACGAGGCAUUACAGAAAACACACGGGGGUCAAGCCUUUCAAGUGCGCAGACUGUGACCGCAGCUUCUCCAGAUCUGACCACUUGGCUCUGCACCGACGGAGACAUAUGCUGGUGUGAAACAGACGGAGAGCGACAAAGAGAAGGAGGCAGGAGGCAGAGAUGAUGGCAGAGAUCAGUGGGGGCACACACACACGCAUACAGGCACGCACAUACCACAAUAGCAGCCAGGGGAGCGGGAUCUCCCUGUGAAUGUUUUUCAGCUGGCCUGGAUGCACACACUCACACUCAAACGCACACACACGCACACACACACACGCACACACACAGACACACAUACUCUUAUCUGUCUGAAGGAGAGGAGACAUGGAGGAGCACAGAGCUUGUGGAGCGCAAAACAGGGUCACUUCUGGAUCCUCUCUGGGUUGGAAGGAAUAGACGGCAGGAUCUUUUAUUGUCAUUGGAAUAUAAUAGGGAACUGUCUUUUACAGUACUGUUCACAAAUGUUUCAUUUUGAUUUUUAAAAUGAACUCGCACUCUUCAUUUGGACAA